AUGGCCUGGCAGCCUAUGGAGAUCAACCCCGAGAUGCUGAAUAAAGUGCUGUCCCGCCUGGGCGUAGGACCCGGCUGGCGCUUCGUCGAUGUGCUGGGCUUCGAGGAGGAUGCGCUCAGCGCUGUCCCUACCCCGGCCUGCGCACUGCUCCUGCUCUUCCCCCUGACUGAGCAGCAUGAGAACUUCAGGAAACAACAGACUGAGAAAAUAAAGAACCAAGAAAUCAGUUCCAAGGUGUACUUCCUGAAGCAGACAGUCAGUAACUCCUGUGGGACUAUUGGUCUGAUACAUGCUGUUGCUAAUAAUAAAGACAAGCUGAAGCUUGAUGAGGGGUCUGCCCUGAAGAAAUUCCUGGAUGAAACAGCUGACCUGUCUCCUGAAGAGAGAGCUAAGCAUUUUGCAAAUAACAAGGCUAUACAGGAUGUCCACAAUUCGGUUGCACAGGAAGGCCAGUGUCGGGUUGAUGACAACAGUGUGAACUUCCACUUCAUCCUGUUUGUCAAUGUGGAUGGACACCUGUAUGAAUUGGAUGGGCGUAUGCCUUUUCCAGUAAACCAUGGCACAAGCUCUGAUGACUUGCUAUUGAAGGAUUCUGCUAAGAUCUGCAGGCAAUUUACAGAACGUGAGAAAGGAGAAGUUCGUUUUUCUGCUGUGGCUUUUUGCAAGUCUGCCUGA